AUGUUGAUACACUAUGGAGCUGCCGCAUUGUACAUAAUCACUGUCAACAUUGGCAUUAUCGGCAAUGGAUGGGUAAUUUCGUCUGUGUUAAGAAGUCGUCGCCCAAAAACGAACGCCAAUCAAUCGUCACCAUCGGAUCGAUUAAGAAUGUACAUUGCUUGUUUGGCCACCGUCGAUUUAACGGUUUUGAUGGCGCUCCUCGUACGCACUUUGUACCUAUUAUUACCAGAAAUGCGUUUGGAUAUAAUGAGCUGUAAAGCGGUGUUUCUUCUGGAAAUGGCGGUGAAAUUCGGCUCGAUUACGUGCCUCUCGUGCAUUUCAAUUGAAAGAUAUGUGACGAUUCGGAAACCCUUUUCGACAAAGAUUCGAAAACGCUUGAUCCAGCUGAUUCCGUUGGUCGGUGUGCUGGUGAUGACAUCGAUCUUGAUCGCUAUCUUUACAGAGACCUACUCAGUGACAGUGACGUCAGAGGCUCGAAACUGUGUGCUGCGAUGGCCGAAAUCGACGAGUGGAUGGCCGAGAGUGGCUGGCAUUGUGAUCGCAUGUGCUUUCACUUUAUUAUUAGCGGUGAUCGCUUCAAAUUACGGUCAAAUCGUGCGGCAUGUGCGCCGAAAAUUCGCCAAGAGAAAGCAACGGGUGGUGGCCAACUCGCAACGAGCAAGCGAGGUAAACGAGCCGCGGUACAUGCGAGAGAUGACAAAUGCGAUUAUAAGAGUUGGCGUCUUUCAUGUCGUCUGCUAUGGCCCUUUCUGUCUACUCCAAUUUGUCCCUUCUGAAGCAAUCUACUCUCAACUUCUUUCCUCAUUACGACAAUUUGAUAACUUUAAGGAUUUCAGUCCACUUCAAUGCGCACUUUUCAUCAUCAAUUGGUUAACGUACGCGAAUGCAGCUGGUGAUUGGGUUUUCUAUGCGGCAUUGAAUCGAGAUCUCAGGAAUUUGAUACGGCUAAUGUCUGAGCGACGAAAGCGAUCAACUCUCUCUCAAAAUUGCUCACCAUCAAAUUUACAUCGAAGUUUACGACAACAGGUGGCUUCAUCGCUUCGCUUCUUUCAAUCGAUUAACAGCUAUCGAUCAUCAGCUGGUGGCUCAUUCGACGAGACGAUGGUCACUGAUGGACGACAUCCGUCAAUGGGGCUCCCGUUGGGCACGCACAGCUCAAAAUCCACUCCGAAAACUUCACUCCUCUCCACGAAUUCUACUCAUCAAGAUUCCCCUCGUUUAUAUUUAUUAAAAAAACAAUCGAGUAGCCUCUUCGCUGAUGAUAUUAUGGUU